AUGACAGAUCCGCAAGAUACGACAAAAUCUACCACUAAUAAUGAUAAUGUGAUAACAGAAAUUAAUGAUGAUUUACCAAAUUCUAAUGAAAUAUUGCAAAAUGAUGGAUCAAAAUUAAAUUGUGACAAAAAUGCAGUAGAAUACUCAAAAAAUUUAGAAAUUGGAGGGAAAAAAGUUGUAGUGGUAGAAACAGAGGAUCAAUUAUUAAGUGGUAAAACUGCACCAGCAUGUUGUGUCGUAGGGUCACCUGAACAUGUCGCUGCAUUAAAAGCAAAAAUAGAUGAAUUGAAAUUGAAUUCAAUUCGUUUAGAGCAGGAGCGUGCCGAAGCAUUGGAAAAUUCAGAAAGUGUAGCUAAACAACUUGACCAUUUAGUUGAAGAAUUAAAAGGAUUAGGUCAUGGUAGUGAUACUUCAGAACAAACUAUUCAUGCAACAAUUCAUACAUUCGGCAACUUGCAAAAGUUGGAAAUUAUAGCUGACGAAGAUGAUGGUGAAAGAUUAACGAGAAAACCAAGAGUUAGGCAAUAUUGGUAUAAAGGCGUUUUGCAUAGAGAAGCUGAUGAAAGAUCAUCUAGUUAUUCAGAAUUAUUUUGGGAUUUAAUAUUUGUGGCUGUGGUUAGCAAUUUAGGAUCUAUGCUGAUACAUGACAUUUCGAAAAAUGAUACCUGUGCUCAUUUAAACAUUUAUAGUUCAGAGGACCUUAUCGAAAAGUUCCUCCUUCUAUGGGAAAUGGUACUUCUAAUUGUAAUGGGUACUCACGCAUCAGAUAUAUUUGAUUCAACAGCAGCCAUCUUUAUUUCAUCAUAUGUACUUGCGCGCUUAACAUACGCGUUACUGUAUGUAGUAUAUGCAAUGUGGAUUCCGAUGUUUAGGAUACAUUUUACCACUACUGCAUGGGGAAUUAUUAUUCCUUCUAUCAUUUGGUUUGCUGCGAUUUUUGCACAAAACAAUUUUGUUAUUAUGUUGUGGGUUUCUGUUGCAUUUGGUUUUGUGCCAUUAUAUUAUCGUUACGGAACUAAGAAUCCAGCGAAUCACAUACAUACAAGAGAUUUUGAAUCCGCAGACGAACCAACCUUGACAAUGGACUCAACCAAAUUAUCGCCACCUUCUCCACAUAAGGCAAUGAAAACAAAAGGAACUGAAUUUCAUUGGAAAUGGACUGAUAUGUUUUCUAUACUUAAAAUUACGGAAUACAGAACUGCCGUGAAUAUUGAACAUUACAGUGAAAGAUUAGGAUUAUUUACGGUUGUUUGUUUGGGUGAAAGUAUUUUUAGUGUGAUUUAUGCCAGCUUAAAUAAAUAUCCUGACGUUUUCCUUGCCAAGGCAAUUCUAGGUCUAGUAAUAGCUUAUAGUUUGCAUUGGAUAUAUUUUGAUGUCGAUGCGAGCCGACAAUAUCAACAUGCAUUACGAAGACACGUUAUUACUGGUCUUUUAUUUGGUUUAAUCCAUAUUCCUCUUAACAUGUCUUUAAUUGCUUUUGGGAGUUCUCUUGGAAGAAUUGUAACGCUUGCGGAUUUCCCUGAUGCUGAAAACACCCCCAAGCCUAAAUCCUUAAGGGAAGCAGGGGAAACAGAAAGCUCCGAAUUUUCAACUCCACUUGCAAUAUUGUUCUGCACUUCAUUAGCAGUUUCAAUGUAUUGUAUGGCUAUUAUCGGCAUUUUACAUAAAAGUUUGGACUCUGUAAAUUGUACCAAAAUUUCAAAGGCUUCGCGUAUAUUAUUACGAUUUAUUAUUGGCACAUUAUAUAUACUAUUACCACUUGCACAUCUAAACUCUCUAAACCUAAUGAUCGUUAUAUCAACUUUAUCCAUGUUCCUGGUAAUUGUAGAAACAUAUGGUAGAUUAAAGUGGAAUGCACCAUUAUUUGGCAAUUGCGAAAAUCAUAUUAUUCCUGAAUAUGACGAAGAGGAGGAUGAAGUAAAAAGAUAUGUUCGUUGGAGGUGGGGUUCCGCAAAUUUAAGUAAGCGUAAAUUUUCAAGAGGAUUUCUUAGACGAAAGACGACGAAUAAAAAUGAAAAAACCGAUGAAGAAGUGAAUGUAGUUGUAAAAUGA